GUGACGUUGAAUCACUCGCUGGGUUUGGUUUGGGUCAACUUUUCUAAUGUUUUCCGGAUUGUAAUUAAUUUAAUGUAAAUAUUAUCAAUAUAUGUGCGUUAUCUAACUUGUAAUCACAACAUGGAACUACAAGAUACUUACUAUAACAAAUCGGAAUACGUAGAAACGGCUUCCGGCAAUAAAGUUAGCCGGCAAACAGUGUUAUGUGGUUCACAAAAUAUAGUAUUACAUGGAAAGGUGAUAGUUCAAAGUGACGCUAUCAUCAGGGGUGACUUAGCAAAUGUAAAGACUGGUAGAUUUUGCAUUAUCAGCAAGGGUUCAGUAAUACGACCACCUUUCAAGAAGUUCAGCAAAGGAGUAGCAUUCUUCCCUCUUCAAAUGGGUGAUCAUGUGUUUGUCGGAGAAAACACAGUUGUUAAUGCAGCUGUAGUUGGGUCAUAUGUGUAUAUUGGAAAAAAUGUUGUUAUUGGUAGGAGAUGUGUUCUUAAAGACUGCUGUAUGAUAGAAGAUAACUCGGUAUUACCUUCAGAGACUGUUGUGCCAUCAUUUGCAAGGUAUUCUGGCAGCCCUGCAAGACUCAUUACAACACUCCCCGAAGCAAUGCCUGACCUCAUGACAGAAUUCACGAAGAGCUACUAUCAACACUUCUUACCUACCACUAUGAAUUAACUUCAAAUGAAAUAAUAUUAUUUAUUGGUAAAAUUAAUUUCUCCAAUAUUUGCACAUCUGCAUUACUGCUUUCUUUUAUAAAGAUUAAUAUAAUUCUUAAGCUUUAUAUUAAAAUAUUAUUGUUUAAUUAAA